GGGGGGUGGGAAGAAGAAGAAGAGGCGGCGGAGGAGGAGGGAGAAAGCCGGAGGAGAAGGAGGCGAGGGAAGGAAGGGGCCGCCGGGCACCGAAUAAAAAGCCGGGGGAGAAGAGAGACGGAGCAGGCGGGAGAGAGAAUAAAAGCCCGAAGGAGAAAUUGCUGGCUGUUCCCCUUUCCUUUCACGCCCCCUCCUCCUCUUCCUCAAGUGGGUCCCUCGCCCCCUUGGCCUGGUGGGCGACCAAGCAGGAGCAGGCCUGAGAAGAGGAGGGGGCGCCUGGAGUCGGCUGGAGCCUCCCCUCCCCUCCUCCCCCUCAGCCCUGCCCCCCCUCCCUUCGAUAAUUGAGCCCCUUAACUCCACCCACCGCAGCCUCGCCCCCUCCCACGCUCCCUCCCUCUUCCAAAGACCCCCCCUCCAUUAACAUGCAAGAGGAGGACCCGGCCUCCUAAGCAUCUCCCAGCUGCAGCAGCCCCCCCCCUCACCUCUCUCUCUCUCUUCCUCCCCCCCUUCCACUCCCAUUGACCCCCCCUCUCCUAGCUGGGGAGGGGGCCCCUUUGGAGCCCUUUUAAGCCUCUUUCUGCCUCUCCACGACUCCACCCCCUUACUGGCUGGGGAGGGGGCCCAUUUGGAGGCCCUUUAAGCCACUAUCUGCCUCUCCACGACCCCCCCUCCUGGCUGGGGAGGGGGCCCCUUUGGACCCCUUUUAAGCCUCUUUCUGCCUCUCCACGACCUCCCGCCCUGUCCAGUACCAAAUUUCCAGGGUACCCAUUUUGCCCCCCCUCCCCAUCUCCAGCCCCACCCCCACCCAUUGGCUCCACCUUACUCGCUUCCCCUCUCCUUGCCCCUCCCCCCUCUUCUUUUUUUUUUAGGUUUUGCUUGGGAUCUCCUCGGCCUCCGCCCCCCCAUCCCACGCCCCCCCCCCAGAGAAAACCCUACUGAUGGUGUGAAUCAGGAGGAAAAGGGCCUUUUUUUAAAACACUGGGGUUGCCGGCGCGGUCCAAUUUUUCCUGGAGUGGAGUGCGAAAUUCAGAAGACUGAAGCCCAGGCUGACUGUCUACCUUUCACGGAGGCCGAGCCGUGAGAGGACGGAAGAAGGCACCUGGCGCAUCAUGACAGCGGACAAAGAGAAGGACAAAGAGAAAGAGAAGGACAGGGAUCGGGACACGGACAAGGGGGGGAGCGAGAACUCGCGGCCCCGCCGGAGCUGCACCCUGGAAGGCGGCGCCAAGAACUACGCCGAGAGCGACCACAGAGACGAGGACAAUGACAACAACAGCGCCACCACCGAGGAGUCCACCAAGAAGAACAAGAAGCCGCCCAAGAAGAAUUCGCGCUAUGAGAGGACCGACAGCGGGGAGAUCACCUCCUUCAUCACCGAGGACGAUGUCGUCUACCGGCCCGGAGAUUGCGUGUAUAUCGAGAGCCGUCGGCCCAAUACACCCUACUUCAUCUGCAGCAUCCAAGACUUCAAACUGAGCAAGCGGGACCAUCUUCUCAUGAACGUCAAGUGGUACUACCGCCAAUCCGAAGUCCCGGAUUCCGUUUACCAACAUUUGGUCCAGGACCGACACAAUGAAAACGAUUCUGGGCGUGAGCUGGUUAUCAUGGACCCAGUGAUCAAGAACAGAGAGCUUUUCAUUUCGGAUUAUGUUGACACUUACCACGCUGCUGCCCUCAGGGGCAAAUGUAACAUCUCUCAUUUCUCCGACAUCUUUGCUGCGAGAGAGUUCAAAGCCCGAAUGGACUCGUUUUUCUAUAUCCUGGGCUACAAUCCAGAGACAAGGAGGCUGAACAGCACCCAAGGAGAAAUCCGGGUUGGGCCCAGCCAUCAGGCCAAGCUCCCCGAGCUGCAGCCCUUCCCUUCCGGAGAUGGGGAUGCAGUGACGCGUCACGAAGAGCUGGUCUGGAUGCCCGGAGUGAACGACUGUGAUCUACUCAUGUACCUGCGGGCAGCCAGGAGCAUGGCGGCUUUCGCAGGGAUGUGCGACGGCGGCUCGACGGAAGACGGCUGCGUGGCGGCUUCCCGGGAUGACACCACUCUCAACGCCCUCAACACACUACACGAGAGCAACUACGAUGCCGGGAAGGCCCUCCAGCGUCUGGUGAGGAAGCCCGUCCCCAAACUGAUCGAGAAAUGCUGGACGGAAGACGAAGUGAAGCGUUUCAUUAAAGGCCUCCGGCAGUACGGCAAGAACUUUUUCAGGAUCCGAAAAGAACUCCUGCCCAAUAAGGAGACGGGAGAGCUGAUCACCUUCUAUUACUAUUGGAAGAAAACCCCAGAAGCUGCCAGUUCGGGCUCCCGCAGGCAUCGGCGACAGGCCGUCUUUCGAAGAAUUAAGACCCGGACAGCUUCCACUCCGGUUAACACCCCCAGGCCCCCUUCCAGCGAAUUCUUGGACUUGAGUUCGGCCAGCGAAGAUGAUUUCGACAGCGAGGACAGCGAACAGGAGCUGAAGGGCUAUGCGUGUCGGCACUGCUUCACCACCACCUCCAAGGACUGGCACCACGGGGGGGAAAACAUCCUUCUCUGCACGGACUGUCUCCACUUCAAGAAGUACGGCGAGCUCCCGCCCAUCGAGAAGCCGGUGGAUCCCCCGCCCUUUAUGUUCAAGCCGUCAAAGAGGAAGAUAGGUCUCAGUGGGAAGCAUAGCAUGAGGACGAGAAGGAGCCGUGGCUCGAUGUCUACGCUCCGCAGUGGUCGUAAAAAGCAACCCACCAGCCCAGACGGGAGGGCCUCGCCCAUCAACGAGGACAUCCGAUCCAGCGGCCGCAACUCUCCCAGUGCAGCCAGCACGUCUAGUAAUGACAGCAAGGCGGAUUCAGUCAAGAAAUCCACCAAAAAGAUUAAAGAAGAGGCUUCUUCUCCUCUCAAGAGCUCCAAGAGGCAGCGAGAAAAGGCGGCGUCCGACAGCGAGGAGCCCGACCGCAUCAAUGCCAAGAAAACCAAAACCCAGGAGAUCAGCCGGCCGAACUCUCCCUCAGAGGGUGAAGGGGAGAGCUCCGACAGCCGCAGCGUGAACGACGAGGGCAGCAGCGACCCCAAAGACAUCGACCAGGACAACCGCAGCACCUCGCCCAGCAUCUCCAGCCCGCAGGAUAACGGUGACUCGGAUUCCUCGGCCCAGCAGCAGCCAUCUCUCCAGGCCGCCAACGGCCCGGCUCAGCCUCCGGGGCCCCUCCCAGCACAGCUGCCCUCCUUGCCGGCCAGCUCCAGCAUCCCCUCUUCCGCUGUCGUCCCGCACAUGUCCCCUUCAGGAGCGCAGCCCUCCAGCCAGCCCUGCCCCAGCCUCCCUCAUUCGCACAUCCAGCAGGGCCCUUCGUUGCAUCCGCCCAGGCUGCCUUCCCCUCCUCACCCGCCGCUGCAGCCACUCGCCGGGGCCUCCGGCCAGCCCCAGGGCCUCCCCCCGCCGCACCCUCAGCCGCUCCAUGGCCAGAUACAGGCCCUCCCGCACAGCCUGCAAGCUCAGCCCCUCUUGCCACCCGCCCCCCUGCAGCCCUUCGCCCUCCCGCCCCAGGCCUUGCCAGCCUCCUCUUCACAGUCUCAGGGUCCCCUGCCUCCCCCGGCCCACCCUGCCCUGCAGGUCCAAGUGCCCUCCUCGUCCCCCCUGUCUUCCCAGUGUCCCCGGGAGCAGCCCCUGCCCCCCGCCCCCAUGGCCAUGCCCCACAUCAAGCCCCCUCCCACCACGCCCAUCCCGCCUCUCCCCACGCUACCCUCCCACAAGCACCUCUCGGGCCCUUCGCCGUUCUCCAUGAACUCCAACCUGCCCCCGCCCCCUGCGCUGAAGCCGCUCAGCUCCCUCUCGACCCACCACCCGCCCUCAGCGCACCCCCCUCCCCUGCAGCUGAUGCCCCAGAGCCAACCCCUACAGCCGUCCCCCGCCCAGCCCCCAGUCCUCACCCAGAGCCACCCGGCUCCUCCCCAGCCUUCUUUCGCCCAGCACCCCUUUGUUCCUGGGGGGCCGCCUCCCGCCACACCUCCCUCCUGCCCGUCGACUUCCACGCCGCCAUCUGUGCCAAGCGCCCCGAGCCAGGGGGCUGUGCCCAGCUCAGCGGCCUGCAGCGGAAACGUCCCCGUGGUGACCCCUUGCACCGUCCCCUCCAUCCAGAUUAAGGAGGAGGCGCCCGACGAGGUUGAGGAGCCCGAGAGCCCACCUCCGCCAACCCGGAGCCCCUCGCCAGAACCCACGGUGGUGGACACGCCAAGCCACGCCAGUCAGUCAGCUAGGUUCUACAAGCACCUGGACCGCGGCUACAAUUCCUGCGCCAGGACGGACCUGUACUUCAUGCCGCUGGCCGGCUCCAAACUGGCGAAGAAGCGAGAAGAGGCAAUCGAGAGAGCCAAGCGGGAAGCGGAGCAGAAAGCGAGAGAAGAGAGGGAACGGGAAAAAGAGAAGGAGAAGGAGAGGGAACGAGAACGGGAGCGCGAGAGGGAGGCCGAGAGGGUGGCGAAAGCAUCCAGUUCCUCCCACGACAGUCGUCUCGGAGAAUCUCAGCUGAGCGGCCCAGCACACAUGAGGCCGUCUUUCGAACCGCCCCCCACUACCAUCGCAGCUGUGCCCCCUUACAUCGGUCCGGACACCCCGGCCCUACGGACGCUGAGCGAGUAUGCGCGUCCCCACGUCAUGUCCCCCACCAACCGGAACCACCCUUUCUUCGUUCCCCUCAAUCCCGCCGACCCGCUCUUGGCCUACCACAUGCCGGGCCUCUACAACGUGGACCCCACCCUCCGGGAGCGGGAGCUGCGGGAACGGGAGCUGCGGGAACGGGAGAUCAGGGAGCGGGAACUGCGGGAAAGGAUGAAGCCGGGUUUUGAGGUGAAGCCUCCCGAACUGGAUCUUCACCCGGCCACCAACCCCAUGGAGCACUUUGCCCGUCACGGGGCCCUCACUCCCCCGACCGCAGGCCCUCACCCCUUCGCUUCUUUCCACCCUGUUAACCCUCUGGAGAGGGAGAGACUCGCUUUAGGCCGCCCGCAGUUACGGCCCGAAAUGAGCUACCCAGACAGACUGGCUGCCGAGAGGAUCCACGCCGAGCGGAUGGCGUCCCUCACCAACGAUCCCUUGGCCCGGCUCCAGAUGUUCAACGUGACACCCCACCACCACCAACUCCACAUCCAUUCACAUCUGCAUCUCCACCAACAGGACCCACUACAUCAAGGCUCAGCCGGACCCGUUCAUCCCCUUGUGGACCCUUUAGCCGCUGGACCGCACUUGGCACGCUUCCCUUACCCUCCCGGAACCAUCCCCAACCCGUUGCUAGGACAGCCGUCUCACGAGCAUGAAAUGCUGCGGCAUCCCGUCUUCGGUGCCCACUACCCACGGGAUCUCCCUGGCGCCAUCCCUCCUCCCAUGUCAGCGGCCCAUCAGUUACAAGCUAUGCACGCCCAGUCGGCAGAGCUUCAACGACUCGCCAUGGAACAGCAAUGGCUUCACGGUCACCCCCACAUCCACGGGGGGCAUCUUCCCAGCCAGGAAGACUAUUACAGCCGCCUGAAGAAAGAGGGCGACAAGCAGUUGUAAUACCUUAUUUAUUUGUGACGCUGACUACUCAAGUUCCUAGUCCUCGGGGGAGCAGUGGAAUGUGUUUGAAUCUCGAGAACUGCUGGAAAAGCAAAAAUUUUCUCUUCCGGAGAGAACGUUCUUCUCUCUUUUCACACACGGGAAACACCCAGCAGUUCCCCCCGUCCCGUCUCCCCCCCUCGGCCCCACGCGUUUCGCCCGAAAAGCCAGACCUCACAAGACGUGAAAUUGGUGCAUAUGUUCUAUAUAGCAUUCAUUUGUAGGAAAGAUUUCUUCCAGAGCAGUCCAGGAAUUUCCUUGCAUGACUAAACCUGUCAAAAGGCCUUUCUUUGUUUGUUGGUUUUUGGAAUGGGAGGAAGAAGAGGAAAAAGCGAAACAGAGCCGGAGAGAAAUUAAUCCAAAUUAAUUUCCUCGAGCAAUCUUGGGACAUUUGGUUUGGUUAUGUUUUGGCUGUUGGUUUUAUUCUUAUUUUUUUGUAUUAUUUUUCAUUUUGAGUAGGUGCUAGUUUCAGGUUCACAACCUCUUAACGCAGGCCACUGUGCAUAUAAAAAAAAAGUAUAUUCAAUUUAUAUAUAUAUAUACUUAAAAAAAAAUAAACCUCCGAGAAUCGCAAAUAGUGGCUUUUACAACCUCUGAAAAAAAAAUCCAAGUGCUAUAAUAGAAUUUUUAAAAAAAGAAAAAAAAAUCUACUUUUAUUUUAAUACAUUGUAGGCAAACUUCAUAAUUUUAAAGAGAGCUUUGCAAGCAUGGCUUUUUAAGUCUGUAAAUAACUUUUUGGGGGAGGGGUUAGGGGUUUUAAAAAAGAUGAUUAUAAUUUCAUGAAUUCCUGAUUAUUAAUAUUAUUAUUAUUAUUAUUAUUUUGCCUCUUCUCCCAGCCCCGACUCCUUCCUCUUCCUCAUAAAAUCAUCUACUUCUUAAACCUGGUGUUCACAAGAAUAUAGACUUGAUUUUUUAAACAGAUAAGAGGAAUAUAUAUAUAUAUAUAAGUGACCCUUCGAUUCAGGGAAAGGGAGUACCAUAAAGUCAAUAAUUUCAGAACGGCUGGUCGGCGCGCAAGCAUUUAAAAGGAGUGGCAGGGAUAAUAUUAAAAAAACACAUUUUUUUUUGUGCACACGUUAAAUGUGCAACGUUCUUUAUUUAAUUAGUUCCUCGCUCUUCCUUCAGUAGCUGGUUGUGUUACAAAGCAGUUGUUCGAGCAGGAAGUCACACCUCAUUUCCAAUUCAUGGGUACUUCACCUCAUCCCCAGGUGCCUCUUUACAUGCACCCUCCUUUUCCUGAUUUUAUUGUUGUUGUUUUUUUAAAAAUCCCAAAAGUGUAGGAACAUUGAAAGUUUUUUGGCUGUAAGCCCUACCUUUUCUUAGUUGGGGGCAUGUGGAUCUUUUCAUCCAGCCCAUAAAUUUCAAUCUCAAUCAUUUUGAGAGAAGCUAAAAUGGGUUGGCAGAGCAGUAGGCUUUCAAACCAGUUAUGCAAAAUGCAGGGUUUUUUUUCUAGGCUGGCUGCAAAUAUAAUUUUAAGUCACCCACGGUGGUUCAGGCAGGCUCUCUCCUCCCGUGUUGGGAAGAGGAAUAAAUCAGAAUUUUGCAGCACUCAGAAUGUUUGGUUAAGACGACUGCAUUUCCGCGAGAAUAUUAACGCCAGCAUCCAGCUAAGCUACCUGGCCGUUGGCUGGAAUCGCACUGUGAAUCCUAACCUUUCCCACGGUUAUGUCAGACAAGCUUUUAAAUUUGGGAGGCCGAUACGAAACGUGCAUCUCGUUACCACUUCCCCUCCUAUCAAAAGCCUUUGCUGCACCGUGUCUCGUCCCCCCCCCCUUAUUUUUUUUGGGGGGGGAGCCAAGAUUUCUGGCGCAAAGGACAUUUUAAAAAAAAUCAACCCACCUGUUUUCUCAGGAUAGGCCUCUCCAUCCUUCAAAAUCCCCCCUCCUGAGCACUUUGCAGCCUGCCCAUCAUCCCUUUCGCCCUAAAGGUUUUUUUUUUAAAAAAAAAAAAAUCCCAGCACCAACCUGCAUCUCUGUUUCACAGGAUAGAUUUGGCUUGGCUCUUGGGGAUGGGUCUUUUGGGGUGGGUCUCACCCCUCCCGGAAUUAAACCUCAAUCCACCUUGGUGAACUGAUGCUUCUGCCUUGCCUUACCUCAAAAGAUAUAAACGGUUGAAUCCAGCCUUUGGGAGGCAGGGGGGGGGGGGAGGGAGAGAAUGGGAUUGAGAAGCAGGGAAAGCGUUUUAUUUUAAUUUUAUUUUUUUUGCAACUCGGAUGCAAAAAAGAAAAAAAAAUAUGUAUUUUUCCCACCGACUAGCAAGACAAGCUAAAAAGAAGUUGAAGGAACCUUGAAAAGUUAAUUCAUUCUUCUGGAGUGGAAAACACUAAAAAAAAAAAAAAAAGCAGAACAGCUCCCAAUAAUUGUGAAAAUCUUUCUUCCGUCUCCGUUCGUGCAAAGAGAAAAGUGAAAUCUAAUUUCAACAGGUAAACCUCGAGUCUUUGGGGGAAUCUGCCUUAAACGUAGAUCCCCUUUUGGGAAACCGCGGACAACAGAAGUUGCAUUCUCAAGUCAAAGGUAACCAUCCUGUUGAACUCCCACCCACCCUCCCAUUUUUCCUCCCUCCAGUUUUCCAAUUUAAAUAUUUUGAAUCAUUCCAGGGCGGGAAAAACCUUUUAACUCGCAGUGUUAACUUCUUCCCAAUCUUAGCAAUCGCCUUCCUCUGUUGCAGUCGAUUUUUUUUUUUCCUUUUGUGGAUUAACAUUUCUGCAGAACAUUUUCGGUUUGUUUUUUUUUGUUUUCACAACACAUUUCUCUCAUUCUGAUUGCCCACUCUCCUAGUUUGGAGUGGGCAAUUAUUUUUGUUUGUUCGUUUUAUUUCACACCAACCCGUCUCUUGUUCAGUGUUGUCCUUUAUUCAAGCUCUCCCUUCUGACAACUACGUUUAUAUAUAUCUUGAGGUUUAGUGUAUAUAUAUGAGUAGUUUGCCAUGGGAUAACACAGUGUAAAGCAGGAUAUAGAAAAAGAAAAAAAAAAACCCAGGAGUUGUGAAUUCUGUGUUCUCUCCAUUUGAGUAUUUUGUAAUUUUUUUGAAAUAUUUGUGGACAUAAAUAAAAACCGAGCUACACUA